CUGUGAUGUCAUAGAACAGAAUUAUGUCAUAGAACAGAAUGUAAACUUUCUGAGGCUGCUACACGUUUUGAUGACCAGUGUUUUUAGUAACUUCAGAGAGUGAAGACGCAUCAAGACACAAGUUUUUGUCAACCUUGAACCUUUCAACUUUGAAUUUGAAGAUUCAACAGACCCAUAUCCGUCUGAAUUUGAACAUUUAUUAAUAACAGUUUUUUGAGGAGAAACUCCCAAGAAAUCUGUGUGAAAUCAACUGCCGCACUUGCUUUGAGCUCCCGGCAGCAGGUGUCACAUCUUCAAAGAUGUCCUCCACUCUACCUGCCCAGGAUGACCAGUUAUUCACCGGAGGGUGGCUCUCCUCCGGAUCCUCCAACUACCUGGUGCAGUCUUUCUUGGGGCAGGGCGCCUUCGGCAAAGUUGUAAAAUGCACAAGGAUGGAUGACAUGAAGACAGUAGCAAUCAAAAUGAUGAAGAAUGAGGGCUCUUAUGUCAUGCAGGCAAAAGAGGAGGUGGCUGCCCUGUUGAAACUGAAAUCGCUGGACUCAGACAAAUGCAACUUAGUUCGAUGGUACCAAGUUUUCUCUGACAAAGGACACAAUUGUCUAGAGUUUGAGCACCUGGACAAAAGUCUUUAUGACUUCAUGAAGGAAAGAUAUUUCCGACCUCUCCUUCUGAAGGAGAUUAGACCUAUUGUCCAGCAGCUCGCCACCGCACUCGAUCACUUGAAGGCUGUUGGGAUAAUACAUGCAGACCUCAAGAUGGAAAAUGUGAUGUUGGUGGACCAUGUAAGGGAGCCUUACAGAGUCAAAGUGAUUGACUUUGGCCUGGCCUGUAACGUGUCAGCUGCCAGGCUGGGCUCGUACAUUCAGACCCGUCCAUACAGGUCUCCAGAGAUUAUUUUGGGGCUUCCAUUCACAGAGGCCAUAGAUAUGUGGUCUCUGGGUUGCAUGGCUGCUACUCUGUACCUUGGCACUCUACUCUACCCCGGCAGGAGUGAAUAUGAUAUGAUGAGGUACAUAGUGGAGACUCAGGGACAACCACCAGACAACCUGCUCAGCUUAGGACACAUGACUGGUUGUUUUUUCCAGAGAGACUACAACUCCACCACAAGUCUCUGGAAACUCAAGACACCAGAGCAGUUCCACCAAGAGACAGGGAUUCAGCCAGUGGAGACCAGGAGAUUGAAGUUCAGCUCUCUGGAUGGCCUCAUGCAUGUAUGGCAUACCUGGGUCAGUAAUCCUGAGAAUGCUGCAGAUAAAGUCGGAGAAAUGGUUGAUCUGCUGAUGUUUGUGGACAUGUUAAAGGGAAUGCUUCAGCUCGAUGCCACAAAGCGGAUUACACCCAGUCAGGUGCUGGAGCAUCAGUUCACCAGCAUGUGCCACAUGAUUAGCAUGUAUCCCCUCAGCUCCCAUGUUAGGUCCUGCUUUGAGAUAAUGGACAUCUGUCAGAGCCAGACCCUGACUUCUGACAGUGGGAAAACUGUGUGUGGGUCUUCGCAGCAGCCCUCUUCCAGUACCACCCAGCCCAUCCAGCAGAACCUUCCAUGUCCUCCUCCUGCUGAGAGGAGCGGCCUGAGCCAGCCCCACUGCAACAACUCUCAUCCCUGCACUAGUACCCAGACCACGAGUUCCGUCAUGUCAGGGAUGAAAAGAAAGGUUGAUGAUGAAGAUGGGCAUAUGAGCGAAACCUCUCAUCCGUCCAAAAGGAUCAAGUCUAGAUGGCACAGAAAAUGCUAUAAAUGUCCAUCCAGCUCCAGCAGCAGCUGGGAUUCUACCAAUUACAUCCAGGCUAGCAGUGCUUUGAGGAGCCACGUGGUCCAGACCUUUCACCACAGCAUCAACGCAUAUUCCUCCAAAAGCAGCCCGACCAAAAGUUGCAUCGGGCCAGGAAUUAAAAGACAGGUGCCUGAUGUUGAUGAUGUGGGGCAUCAACAAUCAAACUCUGACCACCAUGAAAGGUCAGCUGAUCACAGAAAGAGGUAUCAGAGAAGCUAUUCAGGUCCAUCCACCUCAAGCAGCAGCAACCUGACCCAGAGUUGCCUCUCACCAAGGGUUAAGAGGAAGCUGGCUUAUGCUGAUGACUCUGACUACUACGAGAGGUCAGAUCAUAAGAGAAAGAGGGUCAGAAAAAGCUAUGCAGGUAGAUAUACCUGCAGCAGCUACGAUCGGAGGAGUGGCCCGGCUGAGCACCACCGCCACAGCGAACAUUCAAGCAACACCCAGACCGAGAGUCGAACCCGGUCAGGACUGAAAAGAAAGGCAGCAGAUGAUGACAAUGUGCCACGUAGAAAAAGAACCUCUGAUCUCAGAACCUUACAUCAAUGAGAGGAGGACAACCAAGCAAUGCCAUUACCAGGGAAUAUGUGACCAUGAAUGUAAUUCCAGUUUGACUGUGGCCUGGUCACACUUGUAGGCUUUUGCUGCUUCUCACACCUGCAAAGUCCGGUUUUUAGUUUUUACUUCCUUUGUC